CAGCCUCUUUCUGAUUGCAUUGAUAUUUUCCUUGAGCAUAGCUUUACUUGUCAAGUUGCACUGGAAAGUAACGAAAGAAAGUUUGGUUGUGGUGUCAUCUCUUGGACUUCAAUUUUCAACUACUUUUGCUACUGGUUGGUCAGAGUCUCAUUUCAUAGCCAAGGAAAGUAUCCAUGACAUUGUCAUCAGUGAAGCAAUAUCUGUGUGUCGUGUAGUUUUUUAUCUUGCUGUGUUGUUGAACGAAGCUGGUGAAGUAGACAGUGGUGUUUAUCCUCUAUUCCUCAAAUCAUCUCCACGAUUAGACUGCUUGAAACGCAUUUAUAUUGAUAUCCAUGAAUUGAACUGGUUCCACAUUCCUGAAUCGUGUACAGACUGUUGCCAUGUGAGAUGAUGAACUGCAUUUGGAUGCAGUAGAGUUACAAAUCUUGGUGCUUCUAGUGCUUACCCAUGAAGUGAGAACUCUCAUUCUUUGAUCAGAGAAUGGAAAAACAGAGAAGCAGACAACAAAGUCUGUCAGAAUCUGAAGUUAGGCUGAAGGAUGAGGAAGUGGGAAUUCAUGUGACUCCAAAGAGGGUUGCCUUAUUCUUCCUCUCCUUUCGUGUCAUCAAUGCUCUCGUCACUCGUACUUAUUUUGUCCCUGAUGAAACUUGGCAGUCCCUGGAAAUUGCUCAUCACAGAGUUUUUGGGUAUGGAUUUCAAACCUGGGAGUGGCAUCAUGAAAUCCGAAGUUGGCUUUAUCCUGGUGUUUUUGUUGCACUCUAUAAACUUCUUGCAGUUCUAGGCUUGGAUGACAACCAGUUUUUUAUGGUCAAACUACCUCAGCUCAUUCAGGGUCUAUUUGGUGCUGUGGGGGAGAUAUGCAUCUACCAUGUGGCACUGAAACUGCAUGGCCGCUCAUCUGCCCUCUGGACUGCUAUCCUUCAGGCAUCCAGUUGUGGUCUUGGGAUGGGGUUAGGACUCCUGGUGGAUUCUUGGUUCUAUGGGCAUGUGGUUCUCACUCCUUGGCAGUUUUUGAAAGUUAAUAUCCUGGAAGGGGUCUCAGAUUUCUAUGGUACCUCUCCAUGGCAUGCAUAUUUGACAUCACUAGGCCCAGUUGUGUUCUGUACCCAUCUUCUCCCACUCCUCAUCCUCCCCUUUGCUUGCUGGUUUUGGUCAUAUUCACUUUCAAGAUCUCAACGUACCUUCCUCCUUGCCAUCUUCUCUGGGAUAGCAGUCCUAAGUUAUGUGAGACACAAGGAGAUGCGUUUUCUUCUUCCUUUUCUACCACUGUUGAACCUCAUCAAUGGAGAUUUAGUUGCCAAAGUCUUUGCCCCCUUCCCUCAUUGGAUAACUCAAAGACCGGCCCACCGCCUGCUUUUUGGAAUCCUACUUUUUGUGAAUGUGGUUCUGGCCAUGGUAGGGAACUGCCUGUACAUGAGAGGUCCAAUAGGUGCCAUGGAACUCAUAGCAGAAGCUGCUCAUGAAAGUCCACAUUCCACUUCCGUCCUUUUUCUUCUACCAUGUCAUAGUACGCCGUACUACAGCCAUGUCCAUGUGAAUAUCUCCAUGCAUUUCCUAACAUGUGAACCCAACUGGAAUCAAACCCCAGGGUACCUUGAUGAAGCUGACCAGUUCUACUUAUCUGUGAUACUGAACACAGAACGCCUCAUCAUUGAACUCUCCCCCAGUUACAUAGUGACUGCCUCACACUCUACCAUGGAGCUGAAGGAUAUAUUUCAUAAGUGUCAAUCUUUUUUGCCCAUUGAAGGGGCCCAGCCAACCAUGAAUAGCUAUCAUUAUGGCCGGAUUCCGGCCAAUGUGGAAAAUAUGUAUAGCUUAAAAGUGGAUAACCUCACAUACCGAACAACACCAGAAGAUUUGAAAAGAGCAUUUGAGCGUUAUGGUGAUGUUGGAGAUGUGUACAUCCCACGUGACAGAUUCACAAAGGAGAGCAGAGGUUUUGCUUUUGUCAGGUUCUAUGAUAGGAGAGAUGCUGAAGAUGCCAUGGACAGCAUGGAUGGAAAAAUCAUGGAUGGUCGGGAACUGAGGGUGCAAAUGGCCAAGUAUGGAAGACCCAGUCCUCCACCAUACUUCAGGAGCAGUCGACGUAGUAGAAGGUUAGUUGUGUCCUGCAGUAAUGGAAAACUGUUGGCUGUUACAAGUCAAGCUGUGAUAUAUAUUUACUUGUACCAGUUGGAGCAGACUGGAGUACGAGUUCGAGUAACGAGUGGUGUGUUGGGGUCUAAGAGCGGGUGCAGUUGCAGUCAGCCUUUGCUGUUGCUGUUGCUGUUGCUGUUCCAGUUCCAGUUCCAGUUCCUGGCAUCUCUUGUCUCUCUUGUGGAGACUGCAAAAUCCCUCCUGUCCUACAGCCGUUCCCUCUUUCAUUUCCUUUUCCUUUCUCGUUUCUAAUUCCCCUGCUUUCCGUCAUCCCAUCGUCGCCGGGAGGGAAUUGGAGGGGAAGCGAACGUAUCUGUCAGGAGAUGGAACAGUAUUGGAAGGAAUGCAUUGGCAAAGACAUUAUUGUACAUGGGAUGGGUGGGGAUAUGAAGACAUGCAGCAGGAAUCUCAUUACUAGGCCAGGAAAAAUGAAAGUGAAAUGGACUGGAGAAGGAACAAGAUCCAGAAUCCAGUUGACCCCUCUAAGGGAUAGGGAAAGUUGCUCUAACCAGCCUUUCAUCUAGAUUUAUAUGCCCUUCUGCAUCAUUUGAAUGCAGCUAUCCAGCAUGUCACGAUCCUAUCUUGGAACCGUCUUGCCUACUUCCUGUUCUCUCUGUCUAGGGGUCAGGAAGUGGAGACAGGGAAAAGAGGUAGUGAAUAUUGAAACCCUAUGCAAAUCUCAUUUUUAGUUAAAGGCCAUUCAAAUUUUUCUCACAGAAUCUAAUAGAAAGGAGAACAUUCAUUUCACUUGGCUGAAUUUCAUAGCAAACAAUGCCUGUGUUAAUGACAGCUCAUGAAUCCAAAGAUUUGUAAUGAAGUAUGGAACAGAAAGUUCCAAGCAAGAGUUAGUUGAGGGUGUGUUGUCAUGUGGGGGUCACCCCUCUUGUCUGUGUCACUGUUCACAUAACUCCUUUUACUCCUUAAAGGUGUUGUGUAAUAUGUAAAUGGCCCCUAACAAGGAAAUCAUUUCUAAUAUUAAUAUAUUCCUUUCCUUUGUGAAGGUUGUAAGGCUGGUCAAGGAAGCUCUUGGACACAUAUUGAGUGUUUCAGGGAAGUUACUGAAAAUAGGGUGAAGUAGUCCCCAGGAUUACAGCUGCUGAGCUACUUUUAUGUAUGGACCAUUAUUGUGUCCUCAUUUGAUUUUUAAAACAGUUUUUUAACUGAUGCAUUUCAGUUGGGGAGAGUGGAAGAGCACAUGAAAGAGCUCCUAAGCAGAUGCUGUGAGGUGGUGCAGUUGGGCUUGCAAUCUUUGUGGUAUCUUUGGCAUCUUCCAUUCUGAUUCGUUUCCCAUACUUUCCAUGCUGAUGCCUGAUUUGAAGCGUGAUGCUUCGAGUAGGAAGAGUCAUGGUUGGUUUGAGGAACACCUUGAGACUUGCGUCUCAUAUAGAUGAAAUGUCUCGUAUUUCCUACUUGAGAUUUAUUGUCCUGCUGAUGGUCAUUAAUUCUUCAGGAUGUCAGUUAAUCCCUCAAGUGGAAAGUAAUCUGCACCAAUCCGAGAUGCAGCUCAGUGGUAGUGAUGGCAUGUGAAUGAUAGCAAGGAGGUACAUGGAGAUUACAGGAAAGGAAUGAUACAGGGCUGAGCCAGAUUUGCACUGU